UGGACAGGAAGGAGGCUGACAACACAGGUGAUCCUGGGAUACAGCUAAAUAUGGGGUGACCGGAGUUAUGAGCCAGCAUGACUCCAUCCCCAUCCUGCUCAGUAAGGCUCCCUGGAGUAUCGCAUCUGUGGCUGGACACUUUCCUGAUGACUGAGGGUGUCGAGUAUGCAGGCUACUCUGAUGACCCCAGAUUCCCUGGUUUACAGCACAAGCCUGAAUUAUAACCCCACCCCUGCCAGCAACCCAGUGAUCCUGAGAACCAAUCCAGCUGUGAUUCCUAUUGAGUGUCACUAUCCCAGGAAGGACAAUGUGAGCAGUAAAGCCAUCAAGCCAACCUGGGUUCCCUUCAGCUCCACCCUGUCUGCUGAGGAGAGGCUGAGUUUCUCACUGCACCUGAUGAAUGGGUAGAUGCCUUCAGGGGAACCAAGCC